CUUGCGACUCUCUUGUUUCCUUCUUCUUCAGAGGAUGGCUGAGAUGGUAACGGUGUUCGGUGCUGAUGGCAGUGAAGGCAAUGAGGUUGCCUCAGCCUUGCUCCAGGACGGAAACUUUAAACUUCGUGCGGCAGUGAGCGAGUUAGCCAGCCCAGCCGCUCAACACCUGCAGGCCUCCGGGGCACAGACUGUGGUGGUGGAUUACAACCAAACCUCAACCAUCGACUCUGCUCUGAGGGAUGCACACAAAUGCUUCGUUGUCACCGAUAUGGAUUUCAACAGCACAGACCCUCUGUGGACUGAAAUCCAACAAGGCUACAGAAUUGCUGACUUGUGCAAGAAGCACAAAAUCAAGCAGGUUGUGUUCAGUGGAGCCCAUCACGUCCACAGGAAGUACAGCCUGCCAGCGAGGCAUAUGGAUGCAAAGGCUUGCAUCAACGACUACAUGAAUGAAAUUGCUUUGCCCAAGACUGAGAUAAUCGUUCCUUUUUACUUCGAAAACUUUCUUACAACUUUCAAACCAACCCCAUCUGGAAAAGACACUUAUAAAAUUGCUAUCCCGAUGGGAGAAACAGCCAUGGACGGAAUAAGUGUCAAACAAAUUGGUCCGAUCGUGACAGCCUUAUUUAAAGCCCCCGAGCGCUGGACAGGCAAGAGCUGCUUUCUGUCUGCUGACAGGCUGGAAAUCAAGGAAUACGGACAAAUCCUCAGCGAGUACCUGGACCCCAAACGGAUUAAGGAUUCACGGAUUUCGGUCAGAAACUUUGUGGAGACGUUCGACGGAGCAGGUGCUCAGGACCUUGGGAAUAUGUUUGAAUUCUGGAAGCGAGGGGGCCAGAAAAUGAACAGGACUUUAAGCCUGGAAUUGCAUCCUGAAUUACAGUCCUUCAGGCAGUGGGUUUCGGCCAAUACUGACUUAUUGAGGGAGGCUCUGGAUAGUUGACGAGCACCAUGUAAGCAUAGCUGUGGAUGGUUACAGUUCAUUCAGAGAAUAUUUACAUUCCUUUGGUGUGACGGUCAAGAAAAUGCACUAGUAGGAUCUUAGUUUACAGCUCUGAAAGAGCAAUCUGCUUCCUUGCCCUUUCCCAGACCCUUUAAAAUUGCUCUUUUUCACAUAUUUCUCUAAUUUCCUUUUAAA